AAUUGCGGAAAGUCGUCGUCGGUGUGAUAGCGACCACACGUCCUCACACAUCGUAGUUCAGUUCUGCGACGCGAGCUUAGCGCGAGAAUCCGUCGAUUUUCCGGGUCCGCCGACUUUUCGCACAGCUCUCUUUGCAGCUAUAGCAGCGUAGUAUAACCGAAUCUAAUACAAUCAGUGUAUAUAAGCCAUACACCUAGAGCAGCAGCAACAAGGGAGAGAGAAAGGAAAUCUGCACAAGUAUGUUCCCGAUGCAGAAUCUCUACGCUGGGCUGACCAGCAGCAGCGCGUCGACGAUCCGCCGCGGUAAGGGAUCCUAAGACCGCCACGGGCCUCCCGCCCCGUUCUGCUUCGCGGCAGUCGUCGCCGCUAGCUGCUGCUCCGAAAGUCGCCGCCGCGCCGGGACGAGUUUGCUGCUGCUAGUCACUGCCCAGUGAGACAAAUAGCGGACAUGGCCGAGAACCAGGGCAACUCGUCCAACCCCUCGGGUCAGCAUAACCAAGGUGCCAGCAGCAGGACGUUUAAUUUUCCUUGCCUGGAUUUCAGAACCAAUGCAGAAGUUCCAAAUGAAGCGGAAAAACGAAGACAGCUGAAACUUAGCUUUCAAGCUCAAAGUGGCAACUUACCACUUUCAAAUUCAACCAGCUCCACCAUUACUAAUUCCACAAUGGCUUCUGCUUGUCAACAAAUGUCGAUCACGCGUCCAACCUUGCCUUUACCUUUACCAAAACUCCCUGCAAGACCUCGUCCGGUGACGCAACAAGAAUUUUUACCUGAUAAAGCAAGGGAGAAAUUCAAGAUGUGUCAGUCAAUGCAAAGUUCAGGAAAGUUACAGCUCUCUCCGGAUACAGUGUAUGACUUCACUAGUGAAGACCUUCAGGAUUUAGGGGAAAUUGGCAGGGGAGGUUUUGGAACUGUAAAUAAAAUGAUACAUAGGAUAAGCAAUACCGUCAUGGCUGUGAAGAGAAUUCGUUCGACGGUCGAUGAAAAAGAGCAGAAGCAAUUAUUAAUGGACUUGGAAGUGGUCAUGAAAUCCAAUGAGUGUCCUUGCAUUGUGCAAUUUUAUGGAGCUUUAUUUAAGGAGGGAGACUGUUGGAUAUGCAUGGAAUUAAUGGAUACAUCAUUAGACAAGUUUUACAAGUUUAUUUACGAAAGAUUAAAUGAAAGGAUACCUGAAUGUAUUCUGGGUAAAAUCACAGUAGCCACAGUAAAGGCUUUGAAUUACCUAAAAGAAAAACUGCGAAUCAUUCAUCGCGAUGUUAAACCCAGUAAUAUACUGCUGGAUCGACGUGGCAAUAUAAAACUCUGUGAUUUUGGGAUUUCGGGACAAUUGGUGGAUUCAAUAGCUCGAACUCGCGAUGCUGGCUGCAGACCCUACAUGGCUCCUGAAAGAAUAGAUCCUCAACGAGCAAGAGGCUACGAUGUUAGAAGCGAUGUAUGGUCCCUUGGUAUAACUUUGAUGGAAGUUGCAACAGGGUACUUUCCUUAUCCGAAAUGGAAUUCCGUUUUUGAGCAACUUUACCAGGUAGUGCAAGGUGAUCCUCCGAGGCUGUCUCCCAAUGAGAAUGGAAAUCAUUUUACAAUGGAUUUUGUCAACUUCGUGAACACGUGCUUAAUCAAGGAGGAAACUCAACGUCCAAAGUACAAUAAACUUUUAGAGCAUCCAUUUAUUAGGAAUUCCGAGGAGGCAACGAUAGACGUAGCCGCCUACAUAGGCGGCGUCUUGGACAAUAUGGCUAAUAAUGGUAUCACACCUUUUACCACCAAUCAGCCUUAAAAUUAAUAAAAUGAAAGGAGAAAAAUACCUAUAAGAAGUCGUAAUGAAAGAGAAAUUGAGAGCGAGUGCGAGAGAAAAAGAGAAAGAGUGCGAGAGACAAACAGACCGUUCCUUCGUUAUGCAAUCCUGCGUUUCCCACCCUUAAUGCCGAUGUAAUGUGUAGGGAGCGUACAAGUGCUCCAAACUAGUGUGAUUAUGAUUAACCGAUGCGAGGUGAUUGUAGAGCUCUACCUCCGUGUCGUCCAAUACUCGUACGCAUAGAGCGAGUGUGUUAGGGGUCUUUAUCCGCCAUGUUUCAAGUAGAGGUGAGGCAGACUAAAAUAAAAAUAAAGUAUAAGCAAAAAUUGAAUCAAAUGUUCACAUUCCUCAAAGUAAAAAUCGACUUUUGCUCAUAACGGAGAAAAUCAACACACCGUGGUUUUCUUCUUCCUUCUCUGAGACCUCGGUUUACACAUCAGAAACCGGAUAAAAGACCGGAGUAAACGGUCAGACACUGUGCGUAUAAAAAUAUUGCGAGUUAAGCGCUGCUUUUUUAGCGAGUCCAUCAGAGGGGCUCAUUCUCUUUGUGAUCCGAGUUGUAGAUAACGGGGAGGGGAAUGGAUAAUAAACGCGGCGUGCAAUCUUUGCGAGUCUACCUUUUUCUGCGAGUUUCCUGCGCAAAUAUAUAAUGGACAUUAUCGAUUAUAUAUAUACUGUCUCCAUCAGAACGAGAAGCGUCUUCGUUCAGUUCCAAAGCAAUCGAGAGAUAAGUGGGCGAGAAUUAAAGGGAUAUAGGUAUAUAAAGAAUCGCGCCUCGUCUAUAGACGCGAGAAUUACGGCGUUGUCAUUCCUAAAUUGCAUUGUACACCACGUACACACGUACACCUUUCAUGUUUUUUCUAAGAAGCACACACUCAAGGAAAAUGAGGAAACACUAUCACACCGACACAGGUACGAUUCGGAGACGUAGUUUCGCCAAAGCAGUACAAAGUAUCCUGUUUCUUUGUUCUGGCGAUUUUGUUAGAUUCAAAGCUUAUUGCGACAUAAAGAAAGAGCUGCAAACAAAUAGAAAAAAAACGAGAAAAAUAUCGAGUAUUGUAAUGUAUGGUAAAUAAAAUGAAUACAGAUCGAUCAUAUAA